UCCUCCUCUCUCUGGUUCCGCCGCGCUCCGCCCGCUUCCCCCGGGGCCGCCUCAGCGCCGCGGCGGCCGGAGCGGGGCUGAGGCAGCGGCAGCGGCUCCGCCAUGAACCGCCCGAAGGCGGCGGCCGUGCGGCGGCCGGGGGCCGUGCCCAAACCCUCGGCGCACCCGCCGCCCGGAGACUUCAUCGCGCUGGGCUCCAAGGGGCAGGGCGGCGAGGGCAAAGCCUCCGGCUCGCUGCUGAAGCCGGCCCCCGCCGGGCUGCCCUCCGAGCGCAAGAGGGACGCGGCCGCGGCUCUGGCCGGGCCCCCCGGGCUGGGCGGCUUGGCCAAGAGGCCCAAAUUGGCCUCCACGCCGCCCCUCAGCGCCCUGGGCCGCCUGGCGGAGGCGGCGGUGGCGGAGAAGCGGGCCAUCUCGCCCUCCAUCAAGGAGCCCUCCGUCAUCCCCAUCGAAGUUGGCCCCACGGUGCUGCUGGAGGAGAUCGAGGCAGCAGAGGCAGAAGGUAACGAUGACCGCAUCGAGGGGGUGCUGUGCGGGGCGGUGAAGCAGCUGAAAAUGAACAGAGCCAAGCCCGACACCACGCUGUACCUCAGCCUGAUGUACCUGGCUAAAAUCAAACCGAACAUCUUUGCCACCGAAGGGGUUAUUGAGGCACUAUGCAGCCUGCUCCGAAGAGAUGCCUCCAUCAAUUUCAAAGCCAAAGGGAACAGCCUUGUGUCUGUCCUGGCCUGCAACCUUCUCAUGGCAGCUUACGAAGAGGAUGAGAACUGGCCAGAGAUCUUUGUCAAGGUUUACAUUGAGGACUCCCUUGGGGAGCGCAUCUGGGUGGACAGCCCUCACUGCAAGACCUUUGUGGAUAACAUCCAAACAGCUUUUAACACCAAGAUGCCUCCUAAGAGCAUGCUCUUGCAUGGCGAAGUUGGCCGUAGCAGUGGGGACCUUAGUGCUGGGAGUAGCCCCCACCCUUCCAUGACAGAGGAGGAAGACAGUCAGAGCGAGCUGCUGAUUGCAGAGGAGAAAAUGAGCCCGGAGCAGGAGGGCCAGCUCAUGCCCAGGUACGACGACCUCGCAGAGAGCGUGGAGGAGUACGUCCUGGACAUGCUGCGGGACCAGCUCAACCGGCGCCAGCCCAUGGAUAACGUCUCCAGGAACCUCCUCCGGCUGCUGACAGCAACCUGUGGCUACAAAGAGGUGCGACAGAUGGCUGUGCAGCGGCUGGAGAUGUGGUUGCAGAAUCCCAAGUUGACCAAGCCAGCUCAGGACUUGCUGAUGUCAGUCUGCAUGAACUGUAACACCCACAGCUCAGAGGACAUGGAAGUGAUCUCUAACCUGAUCAAAAUUCGUCUCAAGCCAAAAGUCCUUCUGAACCACUACAUGCUGUGUGUCAGAGAGCUGCUGAAUGCACACAGGGAUAACCUGGGCACGACAAUUAAGUUUGUGAUUUUCAAUGAGCUUUCAAAUGCAAGAAAUCCCAAUAACAUGCAGAUCCUGUACACUGUUCUUCAGCACAGCUCCGAGCAAGCUCCAAAGUAUCUAGCGAUGGUGUUCCAGGACCUGUUGACUACUAAGGAUGAUUACCUGCGGGCUUCACGGGCACUGCUGCGAGAGAUCAUUAAACAGACAAAGCAUGAAAUCAACUUCCAGGCCUUCUGUCUGGGCCUUAUGCAGGAACGAAAGGAGGCCCAGUAUGCAGAAAUGGAAUUCAAGGAGCGGUUUGUCAUCCACAUAACUGAUCUGCUGGCUGUCUCCAUGAUGCUUGGUAUCACAGCCCAGGUGAAGGAGGCUGGAAUUGCCUGGGACAAAGGAGAGAAAAAAAACCUAGAAGUUCUGCGCUCUUUCCAGAACCAAAUCGCUGCUAUCCAACGCGAUGCAGUCUGGUGGCUUCAUACGGUCGUUCCAUCUAUCAGCAAGCUGGCUCCCAAGGACUACGUGCACUGCCUCCACAAGGUGCUCUUCACAGAACAGCCAGAGACGUACUACAAAUGGGACAACUGGCCCCCCGAGAGUGACCGCAACUUCUUCCUUCGCCUCUGCUCUGAGGUGCCCAUCCUUGAAGACACGCUGAUGCGGAUCCUUGUGAUCGGUUUGUCACGGGACCUCCCUCUUGGCCCUGCGGAUGCCAUGGAGCUUGCUGACCACUUGGUGAAGCGGGCUGCGGCUGUGCAAGCCGAUGAUGUUGAAGUCCUGAGGGUAGAGAGAAUCCAGCUGAUCGAUGCUGUCUUAAAUUUGUGCACUUAUCACCAUCCAGAGAAUAUCCAGCUACCCCCAGGGUACCAGCCUCCAAAUCUAGCUAUUUCUACCCUGUACUGGAAAGCCUGGCCUCUCCUGCUUGUAGUGGCUGCGUUCAAUCCUGAGAACAUCGGUCUGGCUGCGUGGGAGGAGUACCCCUCUCUAAAGAUGCUCAUGGAAAUGGUCAUGACCAACAAUUAUUCCUAUCCUCAAUGUACCUUGACGGAUGAGGAGACGCGCACAGAGAUGAUUAACCGCGAGCUUCAAAUCUCCCAGAGAGAAAAACAGGAGAUCCUUGCAUUUGAGGGUCAUCUGGCUGCUGCGUCCACAAAACAAACAAUUACAGAGAGUAGCAGCCUCUUGCUAUCCCAGCUGACAAGUCUGGAUCCUCAGGGGCCCCCACGCAGACCUCCGCCGCAUGUCCUGGAGCAGGUGAAAAGCCUGAACCAGUCGCUUCGCUUGGGCCACCUCCUUUGUCGCAGCCGUCAUCCUGACUUUCUUCUCAACAUCAUUCAGAGACAGGCCUCGUCACAGUCAAUGCCAUGGCUGGCAGAUCUGGUUCAGUCCAGUGAGGGCUCCUUGGAUGUCCUGCCCGUGCAGUGCCUUUGUGAAUUCCUGCUUCAUGAUGCUGCUGACGAGUCGACCUCAGGUGAAGAAGAGGAGGAGGGUGAGAGUAAAGAGCAGCGUGCCAAGAAACGCCAGAGACAACAGAAACAAAGGCAGUUGCUUGGACGAUUGCAAGACUUGCUGUUGGGUCCCAAAGCAGAUGAACAGACAACCUGCGAGGUGCUUGACUAUUUCCUGCGACGCCUCAGUUCCUCCCAGGUGGCCUCACGGGUCCUAGCCAUGAAGGGCCUGUCCUUGGUGCUGUCAGAGGGGGGGCUGCGUGAUGGAGAGGAGAAAGAUCACCCCAUGGAAGAAGACUCUGGGGAUUCUGAACUGCUGCAGGGAUAUCAGUGGCUGCUGAGAGACCUCCCGAGGCUGCCACUGUUUGAUAGUGUUAGAGCAACAACAGCUCUUGCCUUGCAACAGGCCAUUCACAUGGAGACAGAUCCACAGACCAUCAGUGCCUACCUGGUGUACCUCUCCCAGCACGCCCCAGUGGAGGAGCAGGGACAGCACAACGACCUCGCUCUGGAUGUGGCCCGGCUCAUAGUGGAGCGCUCUACCAUCAUGUCUCACCUCUUCUCCAAGCUCUCGUACUGCGCUGAGUCGGAUGCGGUGCUUGUAGCUCUCCUCUCCAUCUUCUCUCGCUACAUCAAACGCAUGCGCCAGAGUAAGGAAGGCGAGGAAGUGUACAGCUGGUCAGAGUCCCAGGAUCAAGUGUUCCUUCGCUGGACUAGUGGUGAAACAGCCACUAUGCACAUCCUCGUGGUUCAUGCCAUGGUUAUCCUGCUGACACUAGGGCCACCUCAAGCAGGGGAUGGUGAUUUUUACACGUUAUUGGAUAUAUGGUUCCCGGAGAAAAAGCCUCUUCCUACUGCUUUUCUGGUUGACACCUCAGAGGAGGCUUUGCUGCUUCCUGACUGGCUAAAGCUGCGUAUGAUCCGCUCCGAGGUUCCACGUCUUGUGGAUGCAGCUUUGCAGGACCUGGAGCCACAGCAGCUACUUCUCUUUGUUCAGUCCUUUGGAAUCCCAGUUUCCAGCAUGAGCAAACUUCUGCAGUACCUGGAUCAGGCGGUAUCUCAUGACCCACAGACACUGGAGCAGAACAUCAUGGACAAGAACUACAUGGCUCACCUUGUGGAGGUUCAGCAUGAAAGAGGAGCGACAGGAGGCCAGACCUUCCACUCGCUGCUCACAGCCUCCUUACCAGCCCGCCGAGACAGUGCUGAGACUGCAAGAUCAAAAUCUAGCCCUGAGAACAGUCAAGGCCAGAGCCGGAUCCGGACUUUAAGCCAGGUUCGGGUUCUGGGCCCAGAAGAUGACCUAGCAGGCAUCUUUCUACAGCUCUUCCCACUAAAUCCAGACCCACGGUGGCAGAACUCAAACCUGCGCCCGCUUGCCCUGGCGUUGCAGCAGGCCCUGGGGCAGGAACUGGCUCGUAUCCGCCAGGGGAACACGCCAGUGACCGGGAUCACCGCGCGACUCCUCCAGGCAGUAGCUGCGCUGAUAAACUCACCGCAUAGCGGGGCGCUGGUGAUGGCAAUGCAUCGCAACCACUUCAUCUCCUGCCCGCUGAUGCGCCAGCUGUACCAGUAUCAGCGCUGUAUGCCACAAGACACUGCCUUCUCCUCACUCUUCUUCAAAGUCCUCAUGCAGAUGCUGCAGUGGUUGGAGAACCCCGCGGUGGAAGAUGGGCCUCUCCGUGCUCAGUUGAAGGCCUUUGCUGUGCAGUACUCCUCAAGGCACAGGAUCAGUGACGUUCGAGGUGGCUUCUUGCACCUCACAGAAGCUCUGACUUUCCGUCGUGACCCUGACUUGAUCAGCUCCACAGUACGUGCCAUCAUUGCAACGCUGAAAUCAGGAGAGAAGUGUAACGUGGAGCCGGAGCUCAUCAGCAAAGCCCUUCAAGGUCUGAUUGAAACUCACUCGCCAUACUUGGAGGAGCUCCUGACGGUCCUCUUCUCAGCUACUGUUGAGACCACUGCCAGAUUUCCUGCCAUGAAACCAGUUGCAGUGGUGAGCUCCUUGUUGCUCCAGGACAAAGAAGAGACACCAGUGAAGAAGGAGCUGGACAGUUGCAGCACUGAAGCCGCUUGGCUGGGGCCCUCCUCUGGCCUUCUGAAUGACUGGCUGGAGAUGUUGGACCCAGAGGUGAUAAGCAGCUGCCCUGAUCUCCAGCAGAAGCUACUGUUCUCCUGGAACAAGGCAGGAUCCCAGGUGCCUUCCUUCCGUCCAUAUCUCCUGGCUCUUCUCACUCACCAGUCCAGCUGGACCACUCUGCACCAAUGCAUCAGACUUCUGCUGUGCAGAAACCGGGAGCAGAGGUUUGACCCAACUGCAUCCUUGGAUUUCUUGUGGGCCUGUAUUCAUAUCCCUCGGAUCUGGCAGGGAAGGGACCAAAGAACUCCUCAGAAGCGCCGCGAGGAGUUUGUGCUCCACCUAAAAGCACCAGAGUUGAUCAGCAUGGUGGAGUUGAUCCUGGCUGAAGCAGAAACCAGAUACCAGAACACAGAAGAGGCCUCCUGCACACUCAUCCAGUCUCGACUGCCUCUGUUGCUCAGUUGUUCUCAUGGGGACCUUGAGAGCAUCAAAAAAGUAACAGAGUAUUUGACCAGCUGCAUCCAGCAGUGGGGAAGCAGCUCUGUGGGAAAAUGCUGCCAGGACCUUCUGCUUCAGAUGUACCUGCAACUACCUGAGCAACUUGUGUCUAUGCCUGAGGUGCUUCUGAGCAGUGAAGGAGCCAGGGACAGCAGCACUUGCAAGCUCGAUGCCCUGGUUCACAGAUUCAUUAACCUCCUUGCAGACACCAGUGACUCCAAGUCGUCAGAAAGCCGCGUGUGGGAUGCCAACAUGGCCUGCAGGAAGCUAGCUGUGGCUCAUCCUAUCCUACUUCUUAGGCACUUGCCAAUGAUUGCAGCUCUGCUGCAUGGCCGUGUUCACCUCAAUUUCCAGGAGUUCAGGCAACAGAACCACUUGACCUUCUUCAUCCACAUCCUGGGGAUCCUGGAGCUGCUUCAGCCACAGGUCUUCCAGAACGAGCACCAGGCGGCACUAUGGGACUGUCUGCUGUCCUUCAUCCGGCUGCUGUUGAACUACAGGAAAUCCUCACGGCACCUGGCUGCUUUCAUCAGCAAGUUUGUCCAGUUUAUCCAGAAGUACAUCACAUGCAAUGCUCAAGCAUCUGUUUCCUUCUUGCAGAAGCACUCCGAUCCACUCCAUGACCUGUCAUCAGACAACAGUGACCUCGCGAUGUUGAAGUCCCUCCUGGCUGGGCUGAGUCUGCCCACUAAGAGUGGCAUCUUGGACAGGGGCUCUGAGGAGGAGAAGGAUGAAGAAGCAGCAGCUGGCUCUCUCCCCCUUGUCAACGUGUCUCUCUUCACUCCUCUUACACCGACUGAAAUGGCCCCAUAUAUGAAGAGGCUGUCUCGAGGCCAAACAGUUGAGGACAUUUUGGAGGUGCUGACAGACAUUGAUGAGAUGUCCAGGCGGAGGCCAGAAAUUCUCUCCUUUUUUUCUACAAACCUACAGAAGCUGAUGAGCUCAUCAGAGGAGACCUGCCGAAAUCUGGCCUUCAGCCUAGCUUUGCGCUCCAUUCAGAACAACCCCAGCAUUGCUGCAGACUUCCUUCCUACCUUCAUGUACUGCCUUGGCAGCCGAGACUUUGAGGUGGUGCAGACAGCGUUGAGGAACCUGCCUGAAUAUACCCUUCUUUGCCAAGAGCACGCUGCAGUGUUACUGCACAGGGCUUUCCUGGUGGGGAUGUAUGGCCAGAUCGACACCAGCUCUCAAAUUUCAGAGGCCUUGAAGGUUCUGCACAUGGAGGCAACAAUAUGAACACGUGGUUCUGGGAGCUCUGCUUCCAGAGGAAUGAAUUUAACUGGACUCAUCAGCUGCAUUGAGGCCCUGUAAGAAGGCACUUUAUUUCAUCCCACGUGCUGGAGGAUCACAGAUGAUGCAGCAGGCCAGACUGCUGGAAGGGGGAACGUGCUGACCGAAGAUCAGAACGGGCAAGGACAGAUCUGUCUGGCUAAGAUGCCAUUACUGUGGGAGAAAAAUCUCCUGAAUAUUGUGCCAAACAGGGACCAGUUCUGUCAUGGGUUCUUAGAGCAGUGGCUGUCACUCCUUUUAUUUUUUUCUCUAAGAGGGCAGAGCUGCUUAGGAGAGCAGAAGGGAGCACUGGCCCUUGCAUUUGAAGUCUGUGUUGGAGGAAACGUGGACACGUGCAAGGGAAGAGACCAUUUUGUGUUUCAGGGGGAGAGUGGGUAUUUUUUUUUCCCAAUUAAAAUGAUCUUUGUUUCCACUGUGCCUUUCUCUGCUCUAUGCUGCCUUGAGUGUAGCUUGACAUCCCUCUUUCCCUGUUCUUCAUCCUCUUGCUAUUCUAAACAAAGCUUCUGUGGACAACCUGUCUGUGGCCAAAUAUGUGCAGAGCCAUUUUGGCCUUUAUGCUGGAGGGGCUUUAGAAGGAUCAGUGGCAUACAGGAGAUGAAUUUAGUGACAGGGUCUUGGUAGCACCAGCUGCUGACUAGACAACUGUUAAGAGGUUUCUUAGAAAUCUUUUCUUUAAAAACAAAACAAGCUUCUUGGUACAUCUGCAAACAUCCCAGCAUCUGGCCCUUGUCACAGUGGGGUCUUUGAACAAGCAGCUGGAUUUCCUCCUUGGUAUCUGCCAGUUUCUCCUGUGAUUCUUCUCCUAGACCCUGCUUUUUCUGGUCCUUAUCUGCUGAGAGGUGUGAUGGUUUGCUUGUCAGCUGUCAUUUGAGGACAGAAGAGAAGGUGUCUCCUUCCCUCUGCUCCAGAGAAAUUACUGCUGUAGAUGCUCAUUCUACAGUCUUAAUCUACUCAUUGUUUUGUUUUCACAUCGUUUGUCUCUUUUUGUCUCACACUCCACUUGCUAGUAGAGAAUCUAAUACCCUAAAGAUAAAGAUCCUGGAGGAAUUUUAUGGACAGUUGUAAAUAAGUCUCCUUACUGGUGGCAGGGACAGUUGUGAGCUCAUGGAGGGCGGGCUGGAGAAAUAUUGUGUGUUCUUGCAAGCAAGAAAUGCUACAACUGAACACUUUGGUUAAUGUGUCAAAACAUGAAUGACUAGCUGGCUUCACGGAGCUCGGGAAGAAAAGGGGGAGAUAACCUCCCAACAACUGCAAGUAGCCUUGCCUCUAACUAAAGAGAUUAGAGCUAGUACUUAAGGAUGCAACAUGCUUUUUUCCUCAGCAGCAUCUGCUUCACAUCCGAAGCCACUACUGUGGCAAUUAGCUAGAUAUAAAUUAUGUGGAGGAACAGCUGAAGAAGAUCAAGUCAGUGAAAUGGUUUUCCUGAGGGGCUCAGUGACAGCAGGAUUAACGCCUGUCUAAAGGGUUCCCAGUGAGAUUACUGACUCCUCUUGUCUUAGUCCCUUAUCAGACAUCAUUAAAACACUGCUCAGUUUGUCAGA